AUGGGGAGGUGUCCUCGGCCCCUGGGCGCAAGUUCUCCCCUCUCACUUUAUCUCUGCCCCUGCCAGGAUGCGCCAACCUCAGAAGAGCUGGAGCAAUUCGCCAAGGACCUCAAACACAAGCGCAUCAUGCUGGGCUUCACCCAGGCUGACGUGGGGCUGGCUCUGGGCACCCUCUAUGGGAAGAUGUUCAGCCAGACAACCAUCUGCCGCUUUGAAGCGCUCCAGCUCAGCUUCAAGAACAUGUGCAAGCUAAAGCCGCUGCUGCAGCGUUGGCUCAAUGAGGCGGAGAACACGGACAACAUGCAAGAGAUGUGCAAUGCGGAGCAAGUGUUGGCCCAAGCCCGGAAGAGAAAACGCAGGACCAGCAUCGAGACCAACGUGAAGGGGACACUGGAGAGCUUCUUCCGCAAGUGCGUGAAGCCCAGUCCCCAGGAGAUCUCCCAGAUAGCCGAGGACCUCAACCUGGACAAAGACGUGGUCCGGGUCUGGUUCUGCAACCGGCGUCAGAAAGGCAAACGGCUGCUGCUCCCCUUCGGCAAUGAGGCAGAGGGGGUGAUGUAUGACAUGAACCAGUCCCUGGUGCCCACCGGCCUGCCCAUCCCAGUGACGUCCCAGGGCUACAGCCUGACACCCUCCCCUCCUGUCUACAUGCCGCCCUUCCACAAAGCUGAGAUGUUCCCUCCAGCGCUGCAGCCUGGGCUCUCCAUGAACAACAGCAGCCACUGAACGGGGGGCUGCGGGGGCCAGUGACGGUGCCACCCCCACACCGUGGCCAGGCUGGCUCUCUGGGGGCUGCUCCUCCCCGCCUUCACCCUGAGAAGGCACGGGCACGGCCUCGCUCCCAGGGCUUGCCUGGGCGCUCGCUGGGCUGCCUUCGGG